AUGCCGCUGAGAGCCGCUUGUCUGCUCGCCGCCGCCGUGUGCGCACGGUUGGCGGCAACGCUUUUCGUCGCCCCCGACUCGCCAUGCUCAAAGUACUGCGGCAACGUCCAAGGUUCGACGGCCACGGACGAGAUGGCCUGCGAUGCCGGCACUCUGAGAAACUCCCCGACAGGCGUCGUAUGGGAGCAAUGCAUCGGUUGUCUACUCACCAGCACCCACGUCGCCGGCGGGCAAUCAGAUCUACAAGCACUACUUUACAACCUGCGGUUUAGUAUGGGCCACUGUUUGUUCGGCGGCGGCACAAACCCAUGCCUGACAAGCACGGCAUGUGAACCAUUCAAGGCUGCCGUGGUAUACCAGAACAUGACGACCUCAGUUCCUCCUCUAGAGUAUUGUAAGAAGUGGGACCCGGGGAUGGUCGACCACUGCAGUACUUGCCUCGUGCCCCUCUUACAAGACGACGUGGAGGGCAUAUCUCAGAAUAAUUACAUGACGACUCUUGAGGCAGCAUGCGAGCAGAUGCCUGAACCUGGCUCCACCGUAUCCAUCGAUGGCGACCUCUUCGGCCCCGACCCCAUCACCAUCGUCGCGCCAGAAGUCUCGUAUGUGGGUGUCCCGUCCCCCGACUACGGCCCUGUCUCCCUCGGUGCCCGCGUCGGCAUCGCCUUUGGUGGUCUGGCCCUCAUCCUCGCCAUCGUCGGUUUCUGCAUCAUCUUCAACGGCAAGCGGAAACGCCGUGCCUUCCUCCGCGAACUCGAGCGUCGCCAUGGCGGCCAGGGAUGGCCACACCCCAAGACCCGCUACGGCGGCGGCGAGGGGCAGGACAUGUUUGAGACCCCCGUCAGCCAGCAGCCCUUGCGGGGGUGGGAGAAUGGGAGCCCCGUAAGCGCGCACACGGAGACGCAAUUCCCGCGCUACUUCAGCCCCUACUCGAGCCAGUACAACAGCCCCGUUACCGGGCCCGACGGAUCAGGCCCUAGCCACGCUCAAUGGCCGACUAUCGCGAGCCAUCUGCCCACACAAGAGCAACUCGACCAGAUAAUCCAGGCGCAGUCGCCCACCCACAGCUCGCCGCCACCAGCCUUCACACAAUGGCCGACGAUCAGCCAGGAGAAGAUGGCCAUGCAAAUGCACUCGCAACCCGAGAAAAGGCAGGAUGAGAUACCAAUAGGGGUUGCGCUCGGCGGGGACGAGGCGAGCUUACGGUCCAAGGCGUCGAACCUCAACCUCAACGGGUACCCGAUUGAGUCCAAGGGCAAGGGGAGGGACGAGGCAUACGAGAUGCACGAGGUGGAAAGCCCGUAUGCAAACGGCAACGGGGAUGCGGCGGGCCGCCAGUAUGAGUAUCCAUACAGGAUGCCUGCUGAGCCGCAAGCUCCGGUAUUGCAUCACCCCGGUUACGGGAGACAUCACGGGUCGCGGCCCGGGUCGGGUGGCGCAGGCGGCGUGGAUGCAUCGGCAGGGUAUGGGAUGGGGGAAUAUGGCGCGGGGCAAUACGCGCAAAGAGGAUUUACAGCCGCAUAA